CUGAAAUAGCAGUGCAGUGAGCCUUGCCCUCCUCCUUCACUCUCCUUCAACGUCGAUGGCGGCAACGACGACGACGAGCGCCUUUGCUCUGCCACACGGCCGGCACGAUGUAACCAUUGGAACCUCGCUCUCCCGUCUCCUCCGCCAGCGCAAGGGCACCGCGCCUGCCAAGCGAUCGAAUAUGCCCGAUCGUGACUUUUAUUCGCUGCGAUACAAUUUCAAGCCCUCGUCAGUCGACACUACCAAGUCUGGCACCCUGGAGGUCCGCAAGAAUCAGGGCGAUAGUGCGACCGUCACCGUGGAACACCCGAGCACCCAGUCAGGAGAGGUUCAUAGAUUCAAUGGUAACGAGAAUGCAGCAAAAGACUACGCCUGUGUGCUAAUCUUUGACGAACAAACCGGGAGAUUCUCUCUAGAAAAGCUCGACUCUGUCUUGACCGUCGACUACGCCGAGAGACGAGCAGCGGCACCUGCAGAAACGCGGCCGCCUGCACCUUCACGGCCACCGUCGGCUUCUUAUACCCAGGCUUCUUCGUCUCGUCCAGCAGCGAAGCCCAAGCCUGCCAAGGAUACUCGCCGGGACCUCAGCGAUGCAGACUUUGAAGGGCUAGUCGAAGACAUCCCUCUCGGACGACAACAGGACCAGGAAGAAGGUGAAGUAACCCUCUCUCCUCCAAGGCCUCCCUCGCCGCCCAAGAAGGUCAAGUCGACAGUCUCUCGGCCGACGAAAUCCGCUCCUAAACCCAAACCCGACGUGCCUCCGAAACCGACCAAAGCUGCUCCUGCGAAACCAACUCCCAAACGAGCCAUUCCCGACGUGGAAGACUUUGAUCUUAGACCCGCCAAACGCUCCAAGCCGGCCCCAGCGCCCCCACCAGUUGUGGAGCAACGAGCACGUCUCGAGCUCCCGGGGAGCUCUUUCUCAUAUUCCCAGCCUCUUCCUGCACCACCCUCGCUCGCACUUCCUACCUCUGCGGCACCGCCUCCUCCAGCACAGGACGUCGCGUCGGAUUCAGAAGAGGAUUGGGACGAGGUCUCUGCUCAGAUCCCCCCACCGGCCGACGACGGCGGAGAAGAGAUCGACAUGGACAUGUUUAGCAUGAUGCUCGAAAGGCAGCUUGACCAGUCGUUGUCGGGAGCAGUGGGACAGGAGCCCGAGGACGAUGAAUAUGACGAGGAAGACGUGGACGGGCCUGAUUUUCUGUUCAGCGAGAUGACAGAUGGCGAACCUCCUUCGGGGGCGCCCAUAUCGUUGAACCAGUAUGCCGGUGGGGACAUGGCCAGUCACGACGAAGACGAUUACACUUCUAGCGAUGAUAGUGACGAGGAUUAGAUAUCAGAUUCCAAUAUAUACAUUAUACCUGUUCUUUUCACACGCAUUUAUACCGGAGGCAUCAUUAUAAUACCAUCACUUUUUUUUCAAUCAGU